CUGGCCCGGCCCGGCCCGCGCCUGUUUUCCAACUUGGAGGCGCCGAGGAGCCGAGCGGGGCCGGCGGGGAGGAGCGGAGGCAGCCAUGGCAGAACUUCAAGAGGUGCAGAUCACUGAAGAGAAGCCACUGCUGCCAGGACAGGCGCCGGCAGCUGCUAAGGAGGCUGAGUUAGCAGCUCGAAUCCUCCUAGAUCAGGGACAGACUCACUCUGUGGAGACCCCCUAUGGCUCUGUUACCUUUACUGUCUAUGGCACCCCGAAGCCCAAGCGUCCAGCAAUCCUCACCUACCAUGAUGUGGGGCUCAACUUCAAGAGCUGUUUCCAGACACUGUUCCAGUUUGAGGACAUGCAAGAAAUCCUGCAAAACUUUGUCCGUGUACACAUCGAUGCACCGGGCAUGGAAGAGGGAGCGGCAGUCUUCCCCCUGGGGUACCAGUAUCCAUCUCUGGACCAGCUGGCUGACAUGAUUCCUUGCAUCCUGCAGUUUUUAAAUUUCUCCACCAUCAUCGGGAUCGGGGUCGGAGCUGGAGCCUAUGUGCUGUCCCGCUAUGCUCUCUCACAUCCCGACACGGUGGAGGGUCUCGUCCUCAUCAACAUCGACCCCAAUGCCAAGGGCUGGAUGGACUGGGCUGCACACAAGCUGACCGGUCUGACGUCCUCCGUCUCGGAGAUGAUCCUCGCACACCUCUUCAGCCAGGAGGAGCUAUCGGGCAGCUCGGAGCUGGUACAGCGCUACCGGGAGGCGAUCGUGCAUGCGCCCAACCUGGACAACAUGGAGCUGUACUGGAACAGCUACAACAAUCGCCGAGACCUGAACUUUGAACGUGGAAGUGACAUCACCCUCAAGUGCCCCGUGAUGCUGGUGGUGGGGGACCAGGCACCCCAUGAAGAUGCUGUGGUGGAGUGUAAUUCAAAACUGGACCCCACCCAGACCUCCUUCCUUAAGAUGGCCGACUCGGGAGGUCAGCCUCAGUUGACCCAGCCAGCCAAGCUGACUGAGGCCUUCAAGUACUUCCUGCAAGGAAUGGGUUACAUGGCCUCGUCCUGUAUGACGCGUCUGUCCCGCUCCCGCACCGCCUCGCUGACCAGCGCAACUUCCAUCGACGGCUCCCGCUCCCGCACGCUGUCCCAGAGCAGCGAGUCCAGCCCCCUCCCCCAGGGACCCACCAUGGAGGUCUCCUGCUGAGCGCCCCUUCCCCCUCCUCCCUUCCAGCACAGGGCUUGGUGGGGAGAGAGCAAGGGGGUGGGGGCGGGCCACCAGGAGACAGUCUCAUACCCUGGGCCUCAGACCUUGACCUUUGAUUGGAUGGAUCCCCAACCCUGACCUCUAACUUGUGACCCCAAAGGAGAAAGCCCCAAGAUCUUUCCCCAAGAUGUUUCCCCCUCGGUUGUGGAGAGUCAGGAGGAGGGGGUCUGCUUGCCCCCUGUAGUAUGCUGAAGCCUCUGAUUCAGGAGGUGCCCUGAUGCCGCCAACCAACAGGGGAAGGGGUGAAGGUACCCCCAGAGCCGAGAGAAGGAGGCUAAUGGCUAUCAGCCUCCAGGGAAAGGGAGAGGGGAGUGAGGUUGCAUUGGUAUGUGUGUGGUUGGGGUGGGGUA